AUGUCAAAGUAAUUUUUUGAGAGAAUAGGAAUAGUGUUGAUAGUUGUCAGAAAUAAAAAUAACUAAUACCUAGCCGUCCUAGAAACAAAGAAUAGAGGAUGGUGGUUACCUGGAGGCAGAGUUGAACCUGGAGAGCAGUUUGAAAAGGCAGCUUUAAGAGAAACACUGGAAGAGGCAGGGAUUAAUGUAACUUUGAAAGGAGUCCUCAGAGUUGAAUAGGAUAUUGAUCAACAAAAUUGCUUCAUGAGAUUCAAGAUAGUGUAUUAUGCAGAGCCAACUGAUUAAAAUCAAGUGCCUAAGAAAGUAGCAGACAAAGAAUCUGAGUUGGCUGUAUGGGUGGAUUACGAUAAACUUCACGAAUUGGGAAAAACCAAAGAAGGUUGGAGAGGAAUGGAAUUAAUAUAAUGGGCUAAUUACAUUGAGUAAGGAGGUGACAUUAUGCCAUUAAGUACUGUAAGUAGGGAGGGAGCCAAUGUGGAAAUGGCGAAACCCUUUACCAUAAAGGAUCUCAAAUAAAAUUGA